AUGCCCGUCACGGAACAAAACUUGGCAGACCGAGUGCGGCACAUCAUGCGCUCGAAAAAAUUUUAUGAUGCCGAACUUGAACGACUACGACGUGAAGCUAUUCCAUCAUCGAAUGAAUCGGCUAUGGCUGGGGAUGCGGCUCCACAUGCGACAUACCAGUAUCCACAUGUGGAAGCCGCCACAGGUCUUCCAGUUGUGGUUGAUUCGGACGAGGAUGAAAUAGUCUCCCACGAACUAGAGCAAAUGAGGAGCAUAUUGGAAGAAGCGAUUUUGAAAUGCGCAGCAUGCCUCUCGAAAAUCGACCGCGACUUCCCCCGCAUACCCCUAGCAAGUGAAAUCGGGCUGUCGUGA